CGGCACCAUUGCCCCACUCCCACAGGUUACGAACUCCGCCUUCUCCGCGGCAUCGUUUUUAAAAAAAUAAUAAAAUAAAAAACUCUUCUCUCCCCUGUUCAUCAGCUUUCUCUCUCCCUCCUCUGAAACUUUUCUUCUUCACAUCAGUUAUCACUCGAACUAAGAAGUAUUCUUAUAGCCUGCCUCACGGCCCACACACGUUCAUUUACAUUCAUUUACUCUGAACUGAGGAGUUUCAGGAAUUUCAGUGUAAUUUACUAAUUUCUCUCCUCUCUAUAUAUCUCUCUCCCUGUGCAAAUGAAUACAUUUUCCCAGUUAAUGCGAGAAGCAGUGAUUCGAAUGAGUUGAUGAAACCUGAUGAAGUUUUCCAUCUGGAUUGGAUUUGAUUUUCUGGAAGGAUUAAUUUUAGAAGGUUUAGUUUACCAAUGAUACAAAGAUGAAGAAACUAUUCUUUUUCAGAUCAAGUGCUUCUAGUGGCGGAAACAAAAUUUCCCCACCAUCAAAUGACAAACAGUGCAAUUGGGAAAAACCAGCAGACACUUUUGAGAAAUCUCGAAGUAGAAAGCAAAGUUCAGAACAUCAUCAGAGUAUUGGUGCCACCCCAACUCUUAGGAGGAGUCUAUCCUUUUCAUCCGCAUCCGUUAACAAUGAUGAUUUGCCAGGAUGGAACUUUCAGGAUGAAAGUGGGUCCCCAUGUCGUGUUACCCAUUUCCAACAUAGGAAAUCAGGCCGUCGUCCAGCUCGUGACCGGGCACGUAUUCCUGAGAGGCAACUCCACAUGAAGCCCACAAAUGGUGUUGAAACGUCUCACAGAGUGAGGAAUGAUUGCAGUUCUUCCUUCAUUCCACCCAAUGACAUUUCUGAGAGCUCUUCCCACAGCUCGAGCAAAGUUUUAGAUCGUUACAUUGAUGGGGAGCAAGAGUAUGAAAAGAGUGGACCAACCCACGAUUUGCCUCCAAGAGUCCAUCAUAUUCCACCUGCUUCACCACCCAAUAUUAAGAAACAGAAGCCUAAAUCUCAGUCUUUCAGGGAGACCGCAUCAAGUCAUUCAUAUUUAUCUUCUUGGGAAUUGAUGGAGAAUGGUUUUGGACAUGACUCUCCUAGAAAACUUGCCAGAAAAGUUGUUGAGAGGCUUUCUAAUUCUCAAUUGCUUUCUGAGAAGAAUUCAAAAGAAUAUGAUGUUCAUGCUCCAAUAACAAUAGAAGAUAUAUAUACAGGGAAUGUAAGCAGGCAUCCUAACACAUAUUCUGAUGUUGCCUCUCAGAAUCAUUUCUCAAUAAAUGGCGAAUCAGUUCCAAGUUCACAAGAAAGGAACUUUUUCUCAAGUGCUAAUUGCAGCACUAAAGGGAAUCAUUAUGCUUUGGAGGAUUCAGAGUUUGAACUGCAUAAAAAAUUAAAAGAAGCUGAUGCACGGACAACCAUGAUCUCUGAAGAUCUUGAAGAUUUGAACUUGUUUCAUUGCAGUGAACUUAGUGUUCCUGGAUUGAUCCAGAAAAUUAGAGAUCUGACUGAAGAAAAGUUAAAAAUGGCCAUUGAUGUUUCUGUUGCAUUGAAAGAUCAAGUUUCUGAGAGAGCUUCUGCUAAAGAAGAAAUCAGAUCGUUAAGAGAUAAACUAGAUUCACAAACUCGAAGGUUGGAGAUGGAGAAGAAUGACUUGCAGUCCUCACUAGAAAAGGAGUUAGACAGAAGAUCAAGUGAGUGGUCCAUGAAACUUGAAAGGUACCAGAUGGAAGAACAUCGGCUUCGUGAAAGAAUCAGGGAUCUUGCUGAGCAAAACGUUUCUCUUCAAAGGGAAGUUUCUUCCCUUGGUGAGAAGGAGGAGGGGAACAUGAAUAGGAUUUCAUAUUCAGAAAAACAACUUGAUGAUCUUGCACUGAGGGUUGAGGAGAAAAGAGAUGAGAAUCUGAUUUUAGAGCAAAAUGUUCAUGAACUCAAAGAGAAGUACAAGAUAGCACACCAGGAGCACGAUUGCAUCCGAAGGAACUACGAGGACAAGGUGAAAGAGUGCAAAGAUUUACAUAGAUCUAUUGCUAGACUACAAAGGACUUGCAGUGAACAAGAGCGGACAAUUGAUGGACUUCGAGCAUUCUACGAGGAAGUUUGCAAGAAAAACACAACUGGGGAGUUUGAUAGUGAAUUGACAAAGUUGAGAAGGGAACAAAUGAGGUUGGUAGGAGUGGAAUGUGGUCUAAGGAAGGAAGUCGAGUCUUACAGGAUAGAAGUUGAUUCACUUCGGCUUGAAAACAUACGUUUAUUGGAACGCUUAAAAGGAGGUGGGUUAGAGGCAGGAUUCUCAACUUUUAAGCUAGAUCAAGAAUUGCAAAGCCACGUAUGCUGCUUAGAAACACAAGGAUUGUCUUUACUUAAAGAGAGCACCCAUCUUUGUGGAAAGCUGUUAGAUUGCAUCAAAGCUAAUGCAGGGGACAUAUUGAAGGAUGGGCAUGGUUGUUUAGAUGGAGGAUUGGAUGGUCAGUUUAUUGUUGAAUCUGAUGUUAGGAUCCUUGGUUUUCGAAGAGGGGUUGAGAAUUUAGCGAGAAGCUUACAGAAUGUAAUGGAUGUGUAUCAUGAUAAGUCUGAAUCACAGUUGCCUAGUUUAGAGAGUAAAAUACACCAAUCAAAUGAUCAGAACACGGAAUCCGAGCUAAAAGCAGAGACUUUACUUACAAGUCUGUUGCGGGAGAAGCUUUAUACUAAAGAAUUGGAUAUAGAGCAACUUCAAGCUGAACUGGCAGCUUCUGUCAGGGUUAAUGACAUGCUAAAAUGUGAAUUGCAAAACACACGAGAUGGCCUUUCUUGUGUUACCCACAAGAUGAAAGACCUUGAACUUGAGAUGAUCAAGAAAGACGAAAACAUGAAUCAGCUUCAGAAUGAUCUCCAAGAAUGCAUGAAGGAAUUAGCAGUUUUGAAGGGGAUACUACCAAAAGUAACUCAAGAGAGAGACUUAAUGUGGGAGGAGGUUAAACAUCACAAUGAGAAGAGUAUGCUGAUGAAUUCCGAGAUGAAUGCGUUAAAAAAGAAGAUGGAAACACUGGAUGAAGACAUACUCCUCAAAGAAGGUCAGAUCACUAUCUUAAAAGACACACUUAGCAAGCAUUUCGACCUUCUCUCUAGUCCCACUGGUUCUACAAAAGACUUUUUGCUUGAUUGUACUUGAUUUUUUGACAUUUAUGAGCUAUGAUUAUACACUUGUAUAUUGCUUGAUUUGCUUGUUUGGAACUAUCCGUAUAGGUCCAAUACAAACUUCAGAUUUCUGAUCAAACAUAUGGCUUCACAAUACCUUUUUGAGCCAAAAAAUCUUCCAAAGGAGGUUUUCUUUAUAUUUGCACUUCUAUUUCUUUAUCCUCUUUCUAAACAAGUGAUGUAUUUUCUGCUUGGAAAGGUCAUUUUGAAUGUACGAUUUUUUUUUUUGGAUA